UGCGCGGUGCGGCCGCUAUAAAGCUGCUAUCUGUGCUCAGAGAUGGCGGGCGCCUCCGACCCCCUGGAAGAUAUGCUCUUUUCAGAGGUGGAUGAGAAGGCUGUUAGCGACCUGGUGGGCUCUUUGGAGUCUCAGCUGUCUGGGCAGAGCAACUCCGCGGGGAAAGCAGACGAAAACGGAGGCGCUGGCUCUGUGGCCCCUGCUAACCAUCACUUAGGAAAAACGCUCCCAGCUCCAGUGAGUACCACAACACUAGAACAACAACAACAACCUGGACGGUGGAAUAAACCUGAGAUGCGCCAGGAGGUGAACUCUAAGGACGCAAGCCCGGAUAAAACUGUCACCUCUCCGUCGCUGAGCUGCUCCUCUUCUUUUGGCGAGCCUCCCAGCACUUCGGCUGGCUGUGUGAACGCCACUAGCAGCGGCAUUCAAUCACAUGGAGCAUCCAUCACACCGCUGACUGCAUCUGGCGUGUCAACUUUGGCAUCCCCGCAGGACAGCAUCAGCACCACAUCCAGUCGGAGCGCCAGCGUGAGCCAGUGCACAGGUGAGGCGCCCGCGGAGGCCAGCGCUCCGAGGAAGCGCGUCGCGACGCCGAGAAGGAGCCCCUCCGCGCGGAUCAAGAGUUUGAACGGCGCAGCGGUGACGACGAGACGGAGCAGCAUCACAGCAGUGACCGACAGCAGCAUCAUCAGCUCCGUGGACCCGGGCGCAACUCCGCCAAACUCCACUCGAUCGGCCAUCAACACUUCCACGUUCACUCUGUCCAACGCAAACCUCCCCGUGGGUCAGUCGGCUAUUGCUCUGGACCGGGGGACUCCCACCAUUGCCUUGCACAGACUCCCGAGUCACAUCGUAGCCAGUAUUGCCCAGAACGGCAACGGGACCAGCGUUUCGGCGCUGGUCCAGCAGGGUGCUCGGAUAGAGCCCGCCACAUCCUCAUCUCCCACGGGAGAUCUCAGCAAGGCGGCCACGGACACCGGAGCUUCCAAAACAGACGACUGUCAGUCCAAUAUUGUAACGCAAAGCCAGGUUGGUAGUGUGAGCUCUGUAAUAAACACUCUAUUACCGUCUGCUUCCUGCGCUAUCACACCAGCAACAACCACUACAGCAGCUCCUACCACCACCACAGUGACCCAGCCUCUGAGCUCCGCUACAACAGCUGUGUGUGCCACCGCCAUUGCGACCACAUCUGUCUGUGGAACUGUCCAGACCACAGCUGUGACCUCCACCAUGAGUAUAGUCAGGCCCACAGCUCCCUCUCCAACACCUGUCGUGGCCACCCCUACACUGUCUCAACCCCGUCCAGGGGUCCCAACGCCUCAGAGGAUAGUAGCCCCCCAGCUGAUUGUCAGACCUUCACAGCAGCAGACCACCAUUCAGCUUCCCCCUGGCUUUACCAUCCCACAGGGAAUGGUGCUGGUGCGCACGGAAUUGGGCCAGUUGGUGUUGGUUCCUCAGCAGGCUUUGGCCCAAGCCCAGGCUCAAGCCCAGGCCCAGAACAACAUCUCCCCAAGACCUGCUGCUCCAACAACGGGAACGUCCUUCAGAGUAACAACUCCACAGCAGUCUCCUGCAACUUCUCAGACCACAAGGCCAUGCCCUUUGACCCCUGCCAAGAUGGCACCGUCUCCCUCUCCCACACCUUCCAGCCCUGCCCUCCAGACCUCUUCCUCUUCUUCCUCCUCCUCCUCUUGUCCUGCACUCCGCCCUAAGGGCCCUGUGGCGCCGACCGUGGUAGUGACGGCUCCGCAGCAGACGCCCAUGGUCAUGACCCCCCAGGCCCAGGCCCAGCCUACCUCCCAGCCAGCGGCACAGACGCAGACGAGCGUCGCAGCGGCCCCCGGAGCUCCGGUCGUGUCCCAGGAGAUGCAAGAAAAUGUGAAGAAGUGUAAGAAUUUCCUGGCUACACUUAUCAAGCUGGCGUCUCACAACUCUCCAUCUCCUGAGACUUCCAAGAACGUCAAAGCUCUGGUUCAGGAUCUGCUGGAUGCCAAGAUUGAACCGGAAGAGUUCACCAGCAGGCUGCAGUCUGAGCUCAAGUCGUCUCCACAGCCUUACCUGGUGCCUUUUCUCAAGAAGAGCCUCCCGGCCCUGAGGCUGUCUUUGCUGAAUAGUCAGCAGUCCCUGACCCAGCCCCUGCAGCAGGGAGUCAAACCAGCAGCCGGCGGCACCCCUCCUGCCAUGGUAGCUGGGCCAGCUGUCCGCAUACGGCACCCUAACAGCGUCAGCACCACUGCGGGUGCCAGCGUGCUGCCCGCUGGGACCAUCGGACAUGCAGCUGCCAUGGGCGUGAAGACAGGAGGGACUGUCAGUGGUCCGGUCCGGAUGCCCAUGGUGAUCACACAGUCCAUUAGACCGCAAGGAAUGAUAGGGAAGGGAGCCAUCAUACAAGCAGGCAAAAGUCCCAUGGGCCUGCCUGUUCAGAUCUCUGGGAAUCAGAAAAACAAGCUCAACGACCCCGGAGGAGGCUCUUUCAGAGACGAUGAUGACAUCAAUGAUGUGGCCUCCAUGGCCGGGGUGAAUCUGAAUGAGGAGAGCGCCAGAAUACUUGCAACCAAUUCUGAGCUGGUGGGAACGCAGAUCCGGUCGUGUAAAGACGAGGCCUUUCUCCAGCCGGGUUUGCUACAUCGACGAAUCCUGGAAACUGCUAAGAAGUUUGGAGUGACAGAGGUUCCCAUGGAAGCCGUGACAUUCAUCUCACACGCUGCACAGUCUCGACUCCGAACUGUGGUACAAAAGGUUUCCAUCAUCGCACAGCAUCGAAUCGACUCCUGUAAGGACGACGAGUGCUACGAACAGUCUGCAGACGUUCGGUCGCAGCUCCGCUUCUUCGAGCAGCUGGAGAGGAUCGAGAAGCAGAGGAAGGACGAGCAGGAGAGAGAGAUCCUUCUGAAAGCCGCUAAAAGUCGCUCCAGGCAAGAGGACCCAGAACAAGCUCGACUGAAACAGAAAGCUAAGGAGAUGCAGCAACAAGAGCUGGCCCAGAUGAGACAAAGAGAUGCAAAUCUGACAGCACUAGCUGCUAUUGGACCUAGAAAAAAACGCAAACUGGACUCACCAGGGGCAACACCAUCAGGGACUGAGGUCUCCAGCAGCAUGGCCGGCUCCCCAGGAUGCUCCUCCACCCCGUCCACCUCAUCUCGCCAGUAUACUCGACAGCGCAUCACCCGCGUCAACCUCAGGGACUUGAUUUUCUACAUGGAGCAAGAGAGAGAGACUGCCCACUCCCUUCUCCUUUACCGUGCACUGCUCAAGUAGCCUCUGCUCUGCUCAGCACCCACCUCAACCUCCACCUUCUCCACCUCCUCCUUCCCAGCCACGUGCCUUCAGAUCAGGUCUAAUAUUUCUGCUCUGUGUCUCUAUAUGUACUGUAGUGAUGUUCGACGUAGCUUUUAAUACACAGAGGGUUAGUAAAAAAGCUAAAUGUUGUUGUUCCUUGUGCUCUCCGUUUAGCUUCACAGUGUGUAGUUAGAUCCUUCAAUUUAAAGGCCAUGUCAUGUACUUUGUGUUGGAUUUGGUAGAUGAAGGAUGUCCAAACCUAUUCCAUGUGUUCUUGGUUGCUUCUUAUUAGUUCACACUGGUAUCGGAACCUUCAGAAACCAUACAAGUAGGAAUUACAGACUCAGAUGGUUACUUUCACACCUCAAUGCAGACUCUAGUAUUUUGUGUGAGCUAUUUGUUGACGCAGUUCCAUGAAUGUAGUCUAACUGAGCUCAAACGUUGAGACUUUAAGGACUUUUACUCCAGAGAACAGGUUCCAAAUACUGAUGCAUCUUAAUAAAUCAAAAGGUGUUUGAACUGUUAGUUUACUUCUGAAAGAUUCGAUAGAUUCAGUUUACACAAUGUGAUACAUUUGAAGCACUUCUUUCUGUUAAUUUAGACAAUUAUGGCUUACAGAUAAUUCAAAUGUUGAAUAAUAUCAACAAAAAAGUAUUUUAAAGGGACUGUUACAUAUGCUCUCUGGGCACAUUUUGCCAUUUUAUAGCACAAUCAAGUAAUUAUAUUACCUUCAGUAGUUAUGAAAAUGCUGUUUAUGUCAAAAAUAACUUAAGAGAAAUGUAACUUUGCAUCAGACGUUUCUGACACUUUUAAAUCCGUAUCUAUCUCUUUAUGAAGCUCCUACCCUUUUUGAUGCUUCCCCUUCAGCACAGCAAUGCUUCUCCAUUAUGUUGUUUAUUAGCGUUCAUAGUCGCAAUGGAUUGAGAAGUAGUUUGCGUGAUAAAAUUAGAAAACAUGCAGUUCCAUCUGGUGUUUGCUAAUUGCUGCUGCCACUAGUCUGGAGAAGCUGAAUGGAAGGGAAGCAAAAAAAGUGCUAUUUUAAUCUAUUUUUGUGGCCAUUAGAUUAAACAUUCUGUGCUUUAUUUGCAUAAUUUUCUACAAAUGUCAACAUCUUAUAAGAGAAAUAGUGUCCAUCCUCUUUUGCAAAAGUUUUAUGUUUUUCUCUUUUAAAAAACUAAAAAUAAAAUGGUGGCUCUGUAAAAAUGUCAGAGUAGUAAUUAUUUAACUAUAGUAUUAAUUUCUAGAAAAACGUAAAUACAUUUUCAAAAGGUCUUGUUAUAUUUGUAGGUUAAAUUAGUUUUAUGCUGAAUUCAGGGCAAGGAUAGUUCUAUGGAUUAUUGAGGUUGCAGAUACGCCUAAGGCAUUUACGUUUAGCAAAACUGCUGGCCAGCAAUAACAUGGUAACAAACCAUUUUUUGACAGUGUGGAUUUGCUUCACAACCCACAUAAAGCUACACCAGUUUCUUUUUUAUCUUCUGCAGUGUUUUCUUCCACUAAACCUUCCAUUGAUAUAGUUGGUGCAGCACUCUGGGAAGACCUGUCUUCUGUAGCAAGAACUUCUUGUAGCUUAGCGUAACAUUUCUGAAUUAGGAAUUUGUCCUAAUUUAUUUGUCCAUUAAUAAUAAUAAUGUAAUAUUUUAAUUUUUUGACUUUUAAAUUGAGUUUUUAUUAGCUGUAAGCCAUAAUCAUCAAAAUUAACAUACAUAUUUGAAAUACAUUCCUGUGUAUAAUGAAUUGAUAUUAAUACAUGAUCUGAAUUGAAUGAAAACACUUUUCAAAGCCACUAAGAUGCACCCGUAACAUCGUUCUGUUACAUUUCCUUGCUGUAUAUGUAAAUAGUUCUUUUUGAAUUAUUUUACAGCAUGUAUAUUUUUAUCACAAUUUCUGUGUGAAUAUUAUAAAAGCUGAUGUUUUGUAAAAGAACGUGCUUUCAGAGUAUCGUUACAUGACAAAUCCCCCCAGUUCCUCAUCCUCCUGCAGUUAUCUGCAACGACCACUUAACAAAUCCAGACAGUCUUUAAUCAACCUUGCUGACUGGGUCAGUAUCAUCUUAUAAUGUGAAGUAAGCAGAAGGCAAGCAGACAUUCCUCUGUCAUGUCUCCCAACUUAUCGUGUGUACAUCAUCUAAUGUUUAAAAAACAUAUUUAACUGUUCUGUCCUUUCACCCGAGCUUUCACAGUGACUGAAUGGUAAAAGGCAGGAUAUUUGUUAUGGUGUGCAGCACUUGUAUUUUCUGUAUUUUUCACCCAAAUGAGAAACAGCUGUAAGUUAAAGUAAAGUGGAAAAAAUAGAAGGAAGCAGUUUUAUGAUUCCAGAUUAGUUUUUCGUUUUCAUUGGACUGAUCUCUGUGACAGAAAAUGUUUUACAUACCAUAUUAAAUAUUUGCCUUUUUUAUUUUUUAUCCUUAAACAAUCCUAAUUGUAUUAUGUAAUAUUGUCCAGUAUGUUUUUUUAUAUAUAUUUAACUAGAUUUCUUGGCCUCUAUGCAGCUUUUCUUGGCAGAUUGAAAAUUUAUUUAACUAUGUGGGUCAGGGGGAUAUUUGAAGCAAUUGUUGUGCAUCAUAAAUUUAAGCAGCACUUUUUAAAAUCUAUUUUACCCGACAGCUCAAAGUUGUCGAUGUAUUAUAGCAAAUAGUAAGCACUAUUGCUAGGUUCUGUCAGUUUUCACCAUAUGUUUUUUUUUGGGGGGGGAGGAUUGGCUUUUAUGUUUAACUCAUGCAUUUGAAGUCCAAAACAUUUUAGAAACAAGCACAGCACUAACAAUUUGUGGUUGGUUCGGUUACAUUUUUUAUUCAAUGAUUUGUAUUGUUUCCGAUGGCUUCACAAGAGGACAUUUCUACUACUACUACAACAACAACUACUACUACUACUACAGCUUUUUAGCCAAAAUAAGAAGACAAUAAUUCUGAUGUAAACAGCUCUUGGAAAUAGCAUUACAUUGCAAGGAUGAUUUGUAAAUAUUGUUUACAAAACUGUAUGUUUAUUAGAACCACGUUAUUUUUGGUAAGCUCUUGUACAUAUCUUGAAAAUUUCCUGUUUGUGUGAGAAAAAACAAAACUUUCGUAUUCGUACUUAUUUUGUAAAGGAAUAAAUAAGCUGUUUACUAAACUGA